AUGAAGGACAUGGGUCACCUUACCUAUUUCCUUGGCCUUCAAGUGUCUUACAAUUCUACAGGUGACAUUUUUGUCCAUCAGCACAAGUAUGCUAAAGAUUUACUGCAAAAGGCUGGUCUGAGUAAUUUUAGGGCUUGUCCUACUCCUUGCAAGCCACAUAAUCAAGUCUUAAUGUCUGAAGGAGAACCACUGCAUGAUCUUACAUUUUAUAGAAGUACCAUGAAUUAUGGGAUUCACUUUACUCAUGGUCCUUGGCAAUUACAAGCUUAUAGUGAUGCUGACUGGGCGAGGGAUUUAAAUACUAGGAGGUCAACUAUUGGUUUUGUGGUAUUGCUUGGACAUAAUCCUAUCUCAUGGCAGUCUAAGAAGCAAGGGUCUGUAUCCAGAACUUCUACAGAGGCCGAGUAUAGGGCAUUGGCUAAUACAGUUGCAGAUUUGGCUUGGAUUUGA